AUGGAGAGAAAAGUUUUGGCUCUUCAGGCGAGGAAAAAGAGGGGCAAAGCCAAGAAGACCUGCAAAAAGCAGACGGCAAAUCCCAGAAGUCGUCAGCAGGCCCAACAUGAAGCUUCGCCUCGGGAACCUGAAGAACCCGAGGAAAUUCUCGGCUCUGACGAUGAAGAACAGGAGGAUCCCAAUGACUAUUGCAAAGGGGGUUACCAUCAUGUAAAAGUAGGCGACCUUUACAAUGGAAAAUAUCACGUCAUCCGAAAACUAGGUUGGGGACACUUCUCAACUGUGUGGCUCGCCUGGGACAUCCAAAUGAAACGGUUUGUUGCAAUGAAGGUGGUUAAGAGUGCAGAACACUACACAGAAACAGCUGUGGACGAGAUCAAACUUCUCAAGUCUGUAAGAAACUCUGAUCCGGAUGAUCCUAAACGGGAGAUGGUGGUCCAGAUGUUGGAUGACUUUAAGAUCUCUGGUGUCAAUGGAACCCAUGUCUGCAUGGUGUUUGAGGUUUUGGGCCAUCACUUACUAAAGUGGAUUAUCAAAUCAAAUUACCAGGGUUUGCCCCUACCCUGUGUAAAGAGCAUCAUUCGCCAGGUUCUCCAAGGCCUUGACUACUUGCACACAAAGUGUCAGAUCAUCCACACAGACAUAAAGCCUGAGAAUAUCUUGAUGAGUGUUGAAGAGCCUUAUGUCCGUAAACUUGCAGCAGAAGCCACAGAAUGGCAGCGGGCGGGGGCCCCACCUCCCUCGGGCUCAGCAAUUAGCACCGCACCUGCUCCAAAACAGAGUGUGAAAAUGUCAAAAAAUAAGAAGAAGAAAUUAAAAAAGAAGCAAAAGCGACAAGCGGCAUUGCUGGAAAAGUGCAUCAUGGAUCUAGAGGAGAUGGAAAAAAUCACAGAGACGCGGGACGAAGAUGACGAUGUCGAUGAGGAGCCGGCAUCUCCCAAGGGCCGAGCCUGUGCGCCUUUGAGGCAGACAUCUUUACAGAAUAUGGGGAAACAAGACGUACAUGAGACCGACGUGAAUGAAGACGGAUUGUGUGAAUUGAGCUGUAACGGGCAUGUGGAGGUGGAACAAAGACUCCCCCGGUGGAUGGAGGAAGACCAACAUAACGGCAACUCUGUCGAGAAAAAGCACCACACAAUCUGCAAUGGUUUGGACGGCGCCGACCUUAAGGAGGGGAUGCACACUGACAUCGAGGGAGCUCACUGCAGCAAGGUGUCGGCCAGGCACCUGUCUGCCGGUCUGGAGCAGGAGCUUAAAGGGAACAUUUGUCUAGAGCAGGGAGAAGAUGGAAGCGAGGAAAGUCUGCAAAAUGGCAAGCAAACCGCGGGAUCCCUGCUGGUCAACCCCCUUGAGCCAAUAAAUGCAGACAAGAUCAAGGUCAAGAUUGCAGACUUGGGAAAUGCCUGCUGGGUGCACAAGCACUUUACCGAAGACAUCCAGACACGACAGUACCGCUCCUUAGAGGUGCUCAUUGGAGCCGGUUACAGCACACCAGCAGAUAUUUGGAGCUCAGCGUGCAUGGCCUUUGAACUCGCUACAGGAGACUACUUGUUUGAACCACACUCUGGUGAAGAUUAUUCCAGGGAUGAAGACCAUAUAGCGCUAAUCAUUGAACUGCUGGGGAGUGUCCCACGAAAACUCAUAAUGAAUGGAAAAUAUUCCAAGGAUUUUUUCACCAAGAAAGGGGACCUGAAACAUAUCACCAAGCUAAAGCCGUGGGGGUUGCUAGAGGUGCUGGUGGACAAGUACGAAUGGCCCCGCCAAGAGGCAGAAUGCUUUGCCGAUUUUCUGCUUCCCAUGCUAGAGCUGGUUCCCGACAAGAGGGCCACAGCGGCGGACUGCCUCCGUCACCCCUGGCUGGCCCUCUAG